UCACCGCCUUCUGAUGUCCCCUCAAUACUCUCUGGUGUCCCCUCACCGCCUUCUGAUGUCCCCUCAUUACUCUCUGGUGUCCCCUCACCGCCUUCUAAUGUCCCAUUACUCUCUGGUGUCCCCUCACCGCCUUCUAAUGUCCCAUUACUCUCUGGUGUCCCCUCACCGCCUUCUGAUGUCCCCUCAUUACACUCUGGUGUCCCAUCGCCUUCUGAUGUCCCCUCAUUACUCUCUGGUGUCCCCUCACCGCCCUCUGGUGUCCCCUCAAUACUCUCCAAUGUCCCCUCACUGCCCUCUGGUGUCCCCUCAUCACCCUCAGAUGUCCCCUCACCGCCCUCUGGUACCCCUCAUUACUCUCUGGUGUCCCCUCACCACCCUCUGGUGUCCCCUCAUCACCCUCUGGUGUCCCCUCAUCACCCUCUGGUGUCCCCUCAUCACUCCCUGAUGUCCCAUUACUCCCUGGUGUCCCCUCACUGCCCUCUGGUGUCCUGUCACCACCCUCUGAUGUCCCUUCAUUACUUCCUGGUGUCCCCUCAUUACCCUCUGGUGUCCCUUCAUCUGCUCCAUGUCCUCUACUCUUUCUGCUAGCAAAGACCAGUGACUGCAGCAUGGGGGCCGCACCUGGGACGGACCCUGGAGGGGCAGGCAUGUGGCUCCUUUGACACUCCACAAAGAAGGCCCAUGCAAGGCCAUGUUCAACCAGUGGGAUGGAAGGCGGACACUGAACCUUCUGGCACAGGGUGGGCUCUGGUAGGGGGCAAGAGCCCAGGAGACUGUGUGGUUCGUCCUCAGCCUCUCCUGAUGCUUCCAGGGCAUGUCCAUUUUCAUGUAAACUUAGAGACAGUGUCAACAGUAAAGAGCCUGCUGCCUGCCCUGGCCUGGGGUCCCAUGAGUAAGCAGCUCUACAACAGCCCAGUACAGUGGGAAAACUCGCCCAUAAAACACUGACCAGGGCCGGCCGCGGUGGCUCACUCCUGUAAUCCCAACACUUUGGGAGGCAGGCGGAUCACAAAGUCAGGAGUUUGAGACCAGCCUGGCCAAUAUGGUGAAACCCUGUCUCUACCAAAAAUACAAAAAUUAGCCGGGCGUGGUGGCAGGCGCCUGUAGUCCCAGCUACUCGGGAGGCUGAGACAGGAGAAUCGCUUGAACCCAGGAGGUGCAGGUUGCAGUGAGCCAAAACCACGCCACUGCACUCCAACCUGGGCAACAGAGUGAGACUCUGUCUUCAGAAAAACAAAACAAAACAAACAAAAAAACACCAACCAGGCCCCUUCCUGUCCAGAAGCUGUGAUACCAUACAAACCCGUCCACCUUAUUCAGGAAGGUGCCUGAGAUACUCCAGAUCCUCUGGCUUGGCCUGGACACAAUCAGGGUGUCCAUGGAGCCCCAGAGGCUCUCCCUGCUUCCCCAAGCCUGGGCCAGAGAAGCCCUGGGGCCUGACAUGCAACCCCUCCAUCCAGCAAGGCUAGGCCCCCAGCCUGGGCAGGAAGGAGAUGUGACAGCCAAUCUCCUUCCUAGAUGUCUGUCCCCUUGGGGGUCUCAGCAGGGUUGUGGCUGUUCUCCGGUGGAGGGAGAGGCUCAGGACAACCUG